AACUAGAAGAACAGACUCGAAAAGCCCUGGAACUGGAUCAGGAACGAAAGAGAGCAAAAGAGGAAGCAGAACGUCUGGAAAAGGAGCGUCGGGCUGCUGAGGAGGCCAAGUCUGCAAUAGCGAAACAAGCUGCUGACCAAAUGAAGAACCAGGAGCAGUUAGCAGCAGAACUUGCUGAAUUCACUGCCAAGAUUGCACUUCUGGAAGAAGCCAAGAAGAAAAAGGAAGAGGAAGCUACUGAGUGGCAACACAAAGCUUUUGCAGCCCAGGAAGACUUAGAAAAGACCAAAGAAGAAUUAAAAACUGUGAUGUCUGCCCCGCCUCCACCUCCACCCCCACCAGUUAUCCCUCCCACAGAAAAUGAACACGACGAGCACGAUGAGAACACUGCUGAGGCCAGUGCUGAGUUAUCGAAUGAAGGGGUGAUGAACCAUAGAAGUGAGGAAGAACGCGUAACAGAAACACAAAAGAACGAGCGUGUGAAGAAGCAACUUCAGGCAUUAAGUUCAGAAUUAGCCCAAGCCAGAGAUGAAACCAAGAAAACACAAAAUGACGUUCUUCAUGCUGAGAAUGUUAAAGCAGGCCGUGAUAAGUACAAGACUCUUCGACAGAUUCGACAAGGCAAUACAAAGCAGCGUAUUGAUGAGUUUGAAGCAAUGUGAGAGCUGUUACUUUGCAUACAUGUUCUUCAUAAGCUGAACCACCAACAGAGAAAAGCAGGCCUUUGAGAUGUGAUGGAAUGCAUCGCACCUUGCCAAAGCACUUAUCCCAGUUUGACUGUGGUGGCUAAAAGGAAUUGAAGGGGAGCUCUUCAACAUUAAGGCAGUGUGAUGUCAUACUUGGUUUUCUUUUUCUUUGGGCCAGGAAAUAGAGAAUGUUGCUCCAUCCCCUCCUUCCGCAUUUUCCAUUUUCAUUUUUUUUUCUGUUGAAGAUGAAUACUAACGAUCAUGUCUGACAAAUGUGUGUGUGCGUAUUGAGCACUUUUUACAUCUCAAGGGACAAUGGUGAGCAUUUCAGUGAGGGUUGUGAUAGAGAACUCUGUCCUCCCUUGCCUUUUCCAUGUCGAACCUACAUAUACUUCCACACCCUUUCUCAUGUCCUGCCAUGCGAAUAGUCACAGCUCUGCUGUCAUACAGGUAACUGGCAGUGUUUAAAAAUGAUGGUAGAUGGCAGGGUAGACAGAGGUCUUCCAUCAUUGGGUAGAAGAUGACUAUGCUGGUGGUUAAUUUUUUUUAAAUCCCAAUUUAAUUACAUUAUUGGAAUAUGCUAUUUGUUUACUUUAAUUACAGCCAUCUUGACAUCUGAAGUGAUUGGUGUUUCAUCUCUUGUAAUCCUUUGGUGGUUUUUUUGCCUGCCACUUCACAGAGGUAUAGACAGCAGGUAGUAGUUUGUAGGAGAGUUUAUUAAUGAAACACUGCCUGAAAGAUUUGAAAAGUCUUGUUCUUUCAUAGGUUGAUUUGGAAAAAUAGAUGUCUAAUAAAAGAAAAUAUACAUUUGUUGGUAAUUUAUUUUAAUCAUUAAACAAGUAAACUUGGACCUUUCUGGAAGGGCAGCAUAUGAAAAUGUCAGUCCCAAGAAGGGGACAGUAAUACUACCUCACUACUACAUCUGCGAUGACUGGUUGUUGAAACACAAUGGUGUGUGUAAGCUGUAUGUUUUUAUUGUACACAGACAGCCUAAAUCCUGAAGGAAUACUUUUGAGAUUUCAAUUUCCUUCACAAUACCUGAGUGCUAAUUUUUUAACUGCCUUUUUGUUGAAUUGUUGGGCUCUGAUUUGUAUUAAAAUUCUAAGUUCUCACUGGUAUACUAUUUUUCUGGAGGGGUGUUACAUGUCUGAGGAAGUGUAUGUGUGUCUCUCUGUGUGUGAGAGAAAGAGAUGUUACCUUUGUAGCAUAUGAAGAAUGUACCUUCAUUUCUUAAUAUAAUAGUUGCUUAAUUAUUUUAGCGUAUUUGGUUUCUUAAUCACUGUGUAUAUUUUUUCCAAUCUCUAACUAAAAAACUUAAAUUUGGUUUGUUAAUCCUGUUUUAGAAAUUAUAAUUUUAGGUUUUAUUUCAGUGUCUUCUUGAAGAAAUCUUUCCCAUUAGAAAGAUGUUCUAACAUUUUCUUUAUUGUGAAUCAACUGCAUUUGAAGAUAUGGAAAGCCUUGUUUUCUCUGUGUGGUUCAGCUACUUUCCAUUCAAUAUUAUGCACUCAAAAUUACAUUUAUCUAUUAAAAUUGCCAUUUUAUUAAACAUUUUUCAUGCACAGUAGAUACAAGUUGUGUCUCAGAAUAUCUCGUGCUUUUUUGAUUUCGCUGACUUUAAAAGGAUUAAUCUGGGCACACAUUAUGGAAAGGAAAGGUUUUGUUUAAUAUAUUUUUUUGGACUCUGUAGGACAGAAGAUAACUGGUUAAUCUUGAAAUGACUGUUGUAUGGUCAUUGUGCACAAGCUUCAAAAUCCUAUGGAAGAGAGUGUUUCUGCUUGCAGAACAUCAGAUGGUUCAUGCUUUGAAACAUAAAUGUGUACUUUUCUGAAGCAUUAAAGCUGCUGUCAUAAUUGGUAAAAACCUGGACUUCCAUUAUAUUUUCGUAAAUUUUCCUCAUUUUGACUUGUGCACACUACCAUUGCUACAUCAGCUUGUGACAGUGUUGAAAAAUUACCAGUUAUAUUUGCUAUUAAUAAUCCAUUUGUAGAUUAGGAUUAAAAUGGAUUUAAUCCAUUUUUGAAGCCGUGUGAGUUUUUCUAAACAGGACCAGCCAUUUGCAAUAUGGGUUCUCGUAGCGAUUAAAUCAAUUAAACUUAUCAUUAGCAUUUGGGAGCACAUGUUCAUAUAGCAAUGUAAAAACACACUAAUGAGUAUUUGACGAAUUCCAAUAGGCUCUUACCUUUAGCAGAAUUUUGUGUUGUACAAUUAAGUUACAAUUACAUCUCUUAAUUUUGGAUAAUAUUCAUUGGUUAACAAUAAAGUGACAAAAGCUCAUGCCU